GAAUUUGAAGCAACGCCCGAACAGGUUCUGUAUAAAUGUGUAUAGGAAUGUUAAUGAGGGAGCGAACGAGACGAAAAUAUGUACAAAUUUUCGACAAACUGUGAUCAUUUAUUUACUUUUACCGAAAGUAUUUUCUGCUGUUUCCUUAAAUUAAUUAACAAAACAAAUUCCUGAAUCCGAAAGCAAACAGAUGCUCACAAAACAUAAGUACGUUAAAAGUACAUAGUGUGGAUGUGAAUACUUACCAAAAUUCUGUGCAAAGAUUGUUACAUAUGUAAAGAAGAGGCUACACAUUUCAGACAGAAAUGACCAAAUGAAUGGAAGAUUACAACAUUUAUUAUUUCAAUAUCAAACGAAUUUUGAUGGCCAUGUGGAGAAAACAUGAUAAUAGAUAUUGAACCAAACUUUUCGCCAAAAAGCAAAGCUCCAACAAAGUGGUGCGAUCUUUUACAAUAUAAAUGUAAAACUAGUUACUCUCAAACAAAAAAAUUAAUAGCGCAUACAAACAAGUCCACCUGGAUUUUGAAGAUAAUUUUUCAUAUAUUUUUUUACCGCACUACAAAAACAGUAGGCAUUGCAGAACUGGAACCUACUAUUAAACCACCGCCUCGUACAGUAUAUUGUCAGUCUAAGCUUGCCAAAGUUUAUAAUAGGUAUCCCAAAUAUUCCCAAAUAUGGCUUAUGUUUGUUUUAUUGCUGCCAACUCAGCAACAAGUCAAUGGUCAUGGAAUGUUCCGCCCAACGUCAAAUUCAAACGUAUUGUCUUUAUCACAUUCGCAAAAUGAAAAUAUGCAACUUCAAAUUGCGCUGCUUAAAAAUCAAAACAUUGGAGCUGAGAGUCUAGAAACCCAUCAACUACAAUCAAAAAUCCAAGCCAAAAGAACAAGUUCGGAUAAGGAUCUUAACAAUUUAUCCAAAAAGAUUAGUAAGCAAAGCAGAGACUCAUUCUAUAAUGCCAGUUCAAAUAAAUAUAGUCUGAUUAAUCUAAGCCAGCCUAAACACACGCCUCACUUAAUCAAUCAAAAAAUAAAAGUUGAGUGGAAAAGUUCCGUACCAAUUUACAAUAGACAAACAAGAAAAAGCAGAGAUAUUCGGCUAGAAAAUAAGAGUCAUAAUAGAAAACCGAAAAGAGUUGAUGAAGUCAGGCUUAAACGCCUAGUGUUAAAAGGGCUUGGGAUGAAAAAAAUACCAGAUAUGAAAAAGGUUAAUAUAAGCCAAGUUGAAUAUUCCAACAAAUACAUAGAAUACCUAAGCCGCCUAAGGAGUCACCAGGAUAAGGGCACAAGCUAUUUUAAUAACUAUAUUGGGGCUUCAUCUAUUGCAGACCUACAUUUUUUAAGCAUUAUUACAAACAAAUUUAAUGACAUUAGUCACAAACGACUGCGUCAUAAGAGAUCAUUUAAAAAUUUAAACAGGCUAACACAAAACAAAAAACAUAAAAACAAUGAAGAUUCAGUAUAUGGCCAACAGGACAAAACAAACAUUCUGUUGCACUUUCCACUGACAAAUCUAAAAGAUGCCAAGUUUCACCAUGAUAAAAUAGACGAGGCCAAUGUCAGGCUUAUGCUCCUAUACAGCUCAUCCCUAGCAACUAAUUCUCGCCGAUGGCAAGGACCUAGAAACAGAAAGUUAAAUAAAAUUUCUGGGACUGUUAGUUCAAUGAAUCCUGUUAAGAGCUGUAAUUCUGGUGAUGUCAGCUAUAAUCAAUUUAAAAGGGUCCGAAGUCGACAAUUGAAUCUGAAGGUGUAUCAACUUCUUUCGUCGAACAGACGAAGGCUUUUGGCCUCUCGGAAAAUUGAAUUUGAAAAUAUUGAAUACGAAGAAACACGAACUCAGUGGAUAGAAUUUGACGUGACAAAAGCUGUUCGUAGUUGGAUGAACAAAAGUCAUGAAAAUUUGGGAAUAGAAAUUCAAUGUGAUAAAUGCAAAAGUAUAGGUGCUCGAAUACUUAGCGACUCAGACUCUUCGACGCAAUCAUCAUCCGGAAAAUCGGCCACACCAAACAACGAACGCUUCAACCUCAUGCCAGUUCUAAAUAUAAUCGGACAUGGAGCCCUGAAAGCCCAAAAAGAAGAUGACGUUCAUCAUAUCGUUCUGACCAAUAAUAGAAGCGAUGAAUAUGUACAUCAUCGUUCAAACCAAGAUACAACCUGGAGAAAGGAAAAGUGGAACAACAACUGUUACAAAUUGCACCAGCGAUGCUGCAGAAAUCCGCUGGAUGUUGCCUUCAAGGACAUUAAGGGUUUUGAGUUUAUAUUACAGCCAAAAGUAUUCGAUGCGGGUUAUUGCCAUGGAAGAUGCCCACCGCGUCACAAUCCAGCCCACCACCACGCCCUGUUGCAAAGUCUUAUAUGGCAAGAAGAUCAUACCCGAGCACCCCGUCCGUGUUGCGCUCCUUCAAAACUUGAGAUGCUCGAAAUAUUACAUGUUGACGAAAACCACAGCGAUAAACUCAAAAUUUCCACAUGGAGUGAUAUGCAGGUUGUAGAAUGUGCCUGUUCUUAAAUGAAAACCGCUCUCAAUAUGCCUUAACGAUUUAUUUUUACAUGUAAUCCGUUAUUUACCAACUAUUGCCUCUAAUUUUUAAGUAUAAAUUUAAAAGUAUAAUAAAAAAUUAUCUUUAAAAAA